UUUUCGCCUUUGAAACGAUUAUUUCGUGCAAUGGCAGGGAUAACGGACAUAGACAAAGACCAGAAAGGGGAAGAGGAUGCACACGGUGGGACAGAAAGUGAUUCUGCGGAGAAUAGCGUGGAGCAAUGUGCAGUAAAUGGACACGUUGAAACAAUGGAAGAAUUGCCUACAAGUCUGUCCACUUCGGCGAGCAAACUCGGAAAACUGGACAUGCCUAGAGUUCCUGUCAAGAACGAAAUAGUGACCGUUUCAAAAGUGCUGGAAAACGGUGAUGGUGAACCUGCUGUCAAUGCUAACAGUGUGUCCAGUUCCAGGGUGCUGGAAAAUGGACAUGAGGAUAGCGACUGUGCGGAAAACUGUCCACAUGACACCUCUGUGGCAGGAAGUACAGAGUUGGCGUUGGAUGUCAGCGCCACAACGAACGGCGUGACUGAGGGGGUUUCGCCAAAUGAAAAUGCAGACAAAAAAUCUGCAGUGCACAAUGGAGAGGAUAAAUGUGAAGAUACUUCUAAAGACUGCGGGGAUGCAGAAGAGAGCUGUAAGACUGAGGAAGAGAAAUCCAAAGAACAGGAGAUAGUGUUAAUACAGGAUACAGGGUUUAACGUCCAAGUGUCCUGCCCAGGGCUGGAUACCUUUGACCUACCUGUGAGCUCUAUGGAAUUGGUACAGGAGAUUCACCAGGUGUUGAUGGACAGAGAAGACACAUGCCACAGAACUUGUUUUUCUCUACAACUUGAUGGUCUGACGCUAGACAAUUUUGCCGAGCUCAAGAGUAUAGAGGGACUAAAGGACGGCUCUUUAAUCAAAGUCACAGAAGAACCGUACACUGGCAGGGAAGCUCGCAUUCAUGUGCGCCAUGUACGAGAUCUGCUUAAGUCUGUUGACCCAGCAGAUGCGUACAACGGCGUGGAUUGCAACUCCUUGUCCUUCCUCAACACUGUCACAGCAGGGGAUAUCCUUGAAAAAAAACGUGGUCAGCAGAAAUCUGUGGACUGCACUCCUCCAGAGCACAUCAUGCCUGGGAGCAGGGAUCGACCCCUCAUCCCUUUACACCCAGGGCUUAAGGACCAGAAGGCACCAGCGUGUCUGAAGGUGCUGACAUAUAGUGGCUGGAAUCCACCUCCGGGGACACGCAGACUUCAUGGUGAUUUGCUUUACCUGUAUGUGGUUACCUUAGAAGACAAACGAUUUCAUCUCACCGCGUCUGCACGGGGAUUUUACGUCAACCAGUCCACAGAAGACGACUUCAACCCCAAACCUGCCUCCCAGAAACACCUGUCCCACUCACUGAUUGAGCUGCUGAACCAGCUGAGCCCCUUGUUUAAGCGUAACUUCUCCAUCCUGCUGAAGAAGCGUGCUCAGAAACACCCGUUUGAGCGUGUCCCCACCCCGUACCAGGUCUACAGCUGGCUAGCCCCUACACUUGACCAUAAUGUGGACUUCAUCAGGGCAGAGGAUGCAUUUUCCACAAGGCUGGGCUAUGAGGAGCACAUCCCAGGUCAGACCAGAGACUGGAACGAGGAACUACAGACAACCCGAGAACUCUCCCGCAAAACCCUCCCUGAGAGACUGAUACGAGAGAGAGCCAUAUUUAAGGUGCACAGUGACUUUGUAGCGGCGGCUACACGAGGUGCUAUAGCUGUGAUUGAUGGCAAUGUGAUGGCCAUAAACCCAGGAGAGGAAACCAAAAUGCAGAUGUUUAUAUGGAACAACAUAUUCUUCAGUUUAGGCUUUGAUGUGAGAGAUCAUUAUAAAGAUUUCGGAGGUGACAGUGCUGCAUAUGCUGCUCCGGGCAAUGAUCUUCAGGGAGUACGGGCGUACUUCAGUGUCGAUCCUGAGGAGUUGUACACAUUGGGCACUGUUGUCGUGGACUACAGAGGUUAUAGGGUCACAGCACAGUCCAUUAUUCCAGGUAUUUUGGAGAGAGAACAGGAGCAGUCUGUAGUGUACGGUUCCGUGGACUUUGGCAAAACUGUUGUGACACAUGACAAGUACAAAGAGCUGCUUCAAAAAACUGCGAGUCAGUUGAAAAUACGUCCACACAAAGUCAUAAAUGAUAAAGAAGAGGAAGUGGAAUUAUUCUCCUCAGUGGAAUGUAAAUCAGUAAAGCAUGCAGCCACAGAUUACCACACGGGUCAAAGACUAAAGGCUCUGUAUGGGUUUUAUAUUCUCCUCUUGUACCGCAUAACUAUAUUUAAAAUCUUCUGCUGGUUUUCAGAUAUCACAGAGUGGCUCUCUGAAACCCCUCGUUCCAUGUGGAAGAAAAUUUCUGACGAGGUUAAAGAGUAUUUCCACUACAAUCUGGAUAUUGAUUCUGUGGACACAUUGGUGGAGAAGUUUGGUAUCCAGAAAAUCUCACUCCUGCGAUCAAUCAGUAUUAAGUGUGGCCUGCAGAUCUUACUGAAGGAAUACAACUUAGACAGUCGCCACAAGCAGCCCUUUAACGAAGAAGAUGUUGUUAAUGUCUAUCCAAAUGUGAAACACGUCCAUCCAAAGGCCACCGAUGCAUAUCACUUCUUUACAAGCGGUCAGAGUAAAAUCCAGCAGGGGAUGUUCCGUGAUGGCUACGAACUGAUCAGCGAGGCACUCAACCUGCUAAACAACGUGUACGGCGCCAUGCACCCGGAGAUCGCCGCCUGUCUGAGACUGCUGGCUAGGCUCAAUUAUAUCAUGGGUGACUAUGCAGAGGCACUAUCAUUCCAACAGAGGGCAGUGAUGAUGAGUGAGAGGGUUCUAGGCAUAGACCAUCCCAACACUAUCACAGAAUAUGCUCACCUGGCACUGUACUGCUUCGCUAAUAACCAGGUGUCCAGUGCUCUGAGGCUGAUGUAUAGAGCUCGUUACCUUGCUCUUCUGUGUCACGGAGAAAACCACCCAGAGGUCGCUCUCUUCGAUAGCAAUAUUGGUCUGAUUCUCCAUGCUGUGGAGGAGUAUGAAUUGUCACUACGCUUCCUGGACAAAGCUCUGGAGCUAAACAUCAGAUUUUUUGGUGCUAAGAGUCUAAAGGCUGCCAUGAGUUACCACCUAGUAGCUCGUACCCAUUCGUGUCGUGGCGACUUCCGUGCUGCUCUCCAAAGCGAGAAGGAGGCCUACACCAUUUACAAGCAACAGCUUGGAGAGGAGCAUGAGCGUACCAAGGAAAGCUCAGACUGCUUGAAGCAUCUUACUCAGCAGGCGGUUGUCUUCCAGAAAAAAAUGAAUGAGAUCGAGAAGGGAGAGCGAAAUAUUACCUUACCACCUCUGCAGAUUCAGACACCUUCGUUAUCAAGUGUGUUGGAUACGCUGAAUGUGAUCAAUGGGAUAGUCUUGUUCAGAUCAGAGUUCAGAAAAGGGGAACAACUCUCAGAGAGCAAUACUCAAGGUCAAGACCCUAGCAAUAUAAACAACAACAACAACAGCAGUUCUAAGUCACCUUCCCCAGGUCCAGUGAAGUCGGACAGUAGCAGUCAGAGCUCUGCCAGCCUGGACUCUGCUCUGUCCAAUGGGGAUGCUGGCAACACGGGCGACACAAAACCCGAAAUUAACUCCGAACAAGGGAGAUAA